CUUACACUGGCAAUAGCAGAGAAGUAUAUAGCAUAGACUUUCUCAUUACUGAAUUUGAAGGAGGAAUUUUAAAUUGUUGUUGGAACCUUGCUGUAAUCCCAUACAAUUAAAGACAUUGGUUUGUAAGAAACUUUCAAAGUUAUAGAAUAUGGGAGUCUCAUUUUGGUUUGUUUUACUUGGUCAAAUAAAAUAGUCAGCUAUAACUUUAAGCAUUUUUAAUGAUACCAUUUUGCAAGAAAACUUUACCAUUUUUGGACAUGCAAAUCUAAAAAUUUACAACAUUUUAUCUGUACCUUAAUAAAGUAUCUUAAGGUACCUUAAUAAGAUAUCAGGAAGAAACUGAUACACAUUUUUUAGUUAGGCCUUUCAAAUAUAGCUGAUGACUUUUAUAGCUGUUCAAUCUGAUUACGCACUUCCAGCAAAGAAGUAAUACAUUGUUGUAUUAAAAAGAGAGAGCAGAGUGAGGAAAGCAGAUGAAGGCAGUCUGCAGUGGAGGAGGCUUUUAGCGGAGGUGCAUGGGGCUGGGUAUGCCCUGAACACUUGACUCUUUGCAUGCUUUAUUUACACCGUGGUGUAAACGAGAAAGGCCAUAUAAAACAUUUUACCAGGUUUUUCAGUUUUUUUUCAGUUUGCUGGUUUUUAGUUUAGACAGUAAUGUGAGGAGAGGGUGGAGAAGAGCUAUUGAUACCCAUUGAGCAAGACCUACUGUUAAUGAAAUGUGCCGUUUUGAAUAAAAUAUACUUUCAUUAUACUUGUCUAAAUAUGACCUUCUUGUUGUUACGUGCAUUUCAGAUUUCUUUUUAUAAAUGUUAACAUUUAGAAAAGUAAGAUCAACGUAACAGGUGUGAGCCUAAUCAUCAGUCAUAACUUUAUGUCCACAUUUUCUGGGAGAUGGAUUUUGACUAUUAAUUUGGUUUUGUAUGUUUUCUCUAUGUGAUAUUUGUGCAUUAUUAGAUGACUAGACUGGCCAAGGCAGACCUGUUACACUUGCCUGAGUUAGGCAUUGUUUGCCAUGCCACUAAACCUGCCGCCAAGUGAAACCUUCAUUGGGGAAAUGAGAUCGGAGUCUGAACCGCAGAAGAUGGACGCCCUGUCUCUGUUUUUAUUGUUUUGCUUUAAUUUCAUUUCUUUUUCUUUUGUCCCCCCCUUUUUUUUAUUUGUUUUGUUUUUGUUUUGUUAAAUCUUUCACUUUUAACUUGUGAGCUGGUUUUCCAGUUCUUUGUGAAUGGUAUUCCAUUAAGAGAUUGUAAUAUGUUGCAAAUUUAUGGGGAAUGAUUAACAGAGCUCAACCUUGAGAUGAAGCAAACUCUCCUGCAGGAAGUUAGAGUGCAGUGCUGUGAAGAUGCUCAGGCCUUCUUUGUGGGUUGCUGAGGUACAUUUUGAUCUUCAGACAUUAAAACACUUAUGAGAAUCUUAGAAACAUUUUCUGAUGGGCUCAGUGCUUAUUUUUUCCCCAAGUCUACAUCUCUCAUAAAAACCAACUGAUGGCUUAUAAUGUUUGUCCUCCCCUAGAACCGUAGGCAUAUAAAACCAUGUAAGGUAGGGGGAGGUCUCUGUCUUUUAUUACCUUGGUCUUAGGAAGCCGUUUGUUACUUCUGGGGAAACUGGAGAAAACUGUUCAUUAUUUAUUUGCAUGCAUUUUUUUUGUUUGUUUGCUUGAAUUUUUUUGUUGAAAACUCUCAGAGGUUACUAGCUUUUGAAGUGGAUUCUGAAGUGAGGACUCACAGUAGUACGAGAGAGAUUUCUGCCUCAGUUUUCUUUGAAGUGUAGUUUGGGGAAAAUGCUAAAUGCUUGUUUUAUACUUCUAUAUGCUCUAGGGGAGCUUUAAAGGACACAUUUUACAGAAUUAUAGUUUGGAAAUAGAACAAAGGAAUUUUUCUUAAGAGUAUCUCUAAUAGAAUAAGACAGAAAUAAUAAAGUUACUUAUUUUUAACAGCGUAUUGUCAUGAGGUAGGGAAAGUCUGAUAGUCCACUAAUACUUAAAAGAACUGAGGCCUCGUACUAAGUAAUGAGCUUUGUUCACAUGGGUACCUUAUUGUCUGUGUAGUCUUUAUACUGUGUGGAUAGCUGGGCUUGGUGAUUGACAAAGAGUAUUAAAUUUGGCACAUUACUAGGUUGCAACUCAGGUGAAUAAAUUAGGGUACUGAAGCAGUACCUCAGUGUAGCAGUCACUCACCAAAGGUGUUCAGGUUUUAAACCUUCAGAAGUAGCUGUCUGUCUAACAGAUAAAGCGAAUGUGAUAAGUAACAUAAACAGUAUAGUGUACAUACAGGCAUAUACAGAUAAGUGGUAACUAACAAAUAGUAUAGUACACGUAUGGGCACAUAUAGAUAAGUGGUAGUUAGUGUACAUAUGGGCAUAUACAGAUAAGUGGUAGUGUAGUCAUUGUUAUUUUAUAUCUUCAUUCUGCAUGUUAAGAAAUUGGUUUUCCAGAAUUUAAAGUAAUAACCUCUUUUUUUAAAAUUAGUUAAAUUUAGAUGCUGUAAAAUUAGAAAGUAUGCAUUUGCCAAAGCCACUAAACUGUAAUUCUUAUUUUUUCUAUAGAUAACCUAAAACCACUAUCUAAAGCUUAAAAUUACAACUUGAAUUCCAUUGUGCUUUGAGGUCUUCCGGGAGAGAGUGUUUAGAUAUUUAUCUCUGUGCAUCUGGCUAUGUAAAUAGGAUUUACCACUAAAAUAAGGCAUAACACUUUUGAAAAUUUACCACAUAGAUUUCAGCUUGUGAUGUUUGAAAAUGCAGUUUUAAGAUGCUCUUAAUUAAUAGAAAUGGUAAUUUAUAUAUGUGAUCAAGUUUGAGAAAUAUACCCCACCUCUCUUAUUUUGCUAAGAAGAUAGGAAAAAUGUAAAAGUUUUAGUCUUUAUCAAAUUGUUUUAAAUUCAGAAAUUAAAUAUGGCAGAUCAUGAACUUCAAAAUAAAUUGUUUUUUAAGUUGCAGGCAUUUUUUCUUAAAUGUUUUUACUAUUACUAAAAAGUGAUUUUACUAUUACUCCUGUUAGAAAAUGACAGACUUAAUGAGAAAAGCUUUUGUAAGCAUCUGUUACUGUUCUCAGAUAAAUAGACAUAAAUUGCAUCAAAAGUUAGCAUUGUAAGAAGUUCCCUGUGACAGGGAAAUUUUCGUUGGUUCAGUCCCUAACUCUUUUUAUCAAUUGCCUAAGGCAUCUUUGGGAUUGGAUUCUCGCUAGGUAUUAGUUGGUGAGGUAUCUUAUUGAUGAUGGGUAUGGACCUUUUUAAAGUCAAGCUGAUUAUGUGUUCAAGUUUUCUGUUUUCUUCUGUUUAUUUGAGAUCGAGUGGAGUCCUUUGGAGGGUUAUCAGAAUUGUUUGCUUCUCAAGUCGGUAGCCUCAGUAACAGGGUAGAGAGACUCUUAUGGAGCAAGUUUCAAUUCGCACAUAUUUGUUUUUUUUUUUCUUUUUCUUUUCUUUUCUUUUUUUUUUUUUUUUUUGACUAAUUUGGUUAUUUGCCAUUUCUGGGGAUUAAACUUUAAAAAAUGUUCUUCUUUUCUGUAUCUGAUGUUCUGUGUGCUAUUAGUGACGCAGCCAACACGAACGGUUGUCAUGUGUAACACAACUUUCGAUCACCGCGAAAACAGCGUCCUGGGAAAGCGUCCAUGCUUGAUAUCGUUUGGUUCAUGAACAUUAAGUUUCCAGUACAGGUAAAAUCCCAGAAGAAGCCAAAGCCCUUUCUUUACUGGCUCCUGCUCCAACCAUGACAAGCCUGGUGCCUGGUGCAGGGCUGCUUCCCAUACCAACCUCCAGUCCACUGACGGCACUUGGCGUUUCACUUAGCAGUUUGGGAGCCAUACCGGCAGCAGCACUGGACCCAAACAUCACAGCACUUGGAGAGAUACCACAGCCACCACUUAUGGGAAAUGUGGAUCCUUCUAAAAUUGACGAGAUUAGGAGAACAGUUUAUGUUGGAAAUUUGAAUUCACAGACAACGACAGCUGAUCAACUACUUGAAUUUUUUAAACAAGUUGGAGAAGUGAAGUUUGUUCGGAUGGCAGGUGAUGAGACUCAGCCAACUCGGUUUGCUUUUGUGGAAUUUGCAGACCAAAAUUCUGUACCAAGGGCCCUUGCUUUUAAUGGAGUUAUGUUUGGAGACAGGCCGCUGAAAAUAAAUCACUCCAACAAUGCAAUAGUAAAACCUCCUGAGAUGACACCUCAGGCUGCAGCUAAGGAGUUAGAAGAAGUAAUGAAGCGAGUGCGGGAGGCUCAGUCAUUUAUCUCAGCAGCCAUUGAACCAGAGUCUGGAAAGAGCAAUGAAAGGAAAGGCGGUCGAUCUCGUUCUCACACUCGCUCAAAGUCCAGGUCUAGCUCAAAGUCCCAUUCUAGAAGGAAGAGAUCGCAGUCAAAGCACAGGAGUAGAUCCCAUAACAGGUCACGUUCAAGACAGAAAGAUAGACGUAGAUCCAAGAGCCCACAUAAGAAACGCUCUAAGUCUAGGGAGAGGCGGAAGUCAAGGAGCCGGUCGCGGUCACGGGACAAGAGAAAAGAUACCCGGGAAAAGGUGAAGGAAAGAGUGAAGGAGAGAGAAAGGGAAAAGGAAAAGGAAAGGGAAAAGGAGCGUGAAAAAGACAAGGAACGGGGUAAAAACAAAGAUAAAGACCGUGAGAAGGAAAAGGACCAUGAAAAGGAGCGAGACAAAGAAAAGGAGAAGGAACAAGAUAAAGACAAGGAACGGGAAAAAGACAGAUCCAAAGAGGCAGAUGAAAAACGGAAGAAGGAGAAGAAGUCUAGAACACCGCCCCGAAGCUACAAUUCCUCAAGACGAUCCCGUAGUGCCAGCAGGGAAAGGCGGAGGAGGAGAAGCAGGAGUUCUUCUAGAUCGCCAAGAACAUCAAAGACCAUAAAAAGAAAGUCUUCUAGGUCUCCGUCUCCCAGGGGCCGGAAUAAGAAAGAGAAAAAGAGAGAGAAAGAACGGGACCACAUCAGUGACAGGAGAGAAAGAGAGCGUUCCACCUCCACAAAAAAGAGUUCUAGUGACCGAGACGGGAAGGAGAAGGUGGAGAAGACUAACACACCAGUUAAGGAGAAGGAACACAGUAAAGAGGCAGAUUCAACUGUGAGCACCGAUGCGGAUGAGAAGGACGCUGCCAGGACUGAGGAGGAAAGUAAAGCACAGCACAAUGGGAAUUGCCAGCCCCACGAAGAGCGCCUGUGCAGCACGGCCGACGCUGUGUAGGCCGCCCGCUUUGUCUCCUCCACGGCAGGCUCGACCCAGAGCUUUCAGUUCCAAACAAGGUGUAAACGGAGAAGGAACGUUACCCAUGUAUGGUAGCCAAAGCUUUCCCAGCUUUGAGGUGACAUUGCGGACAUCUUGUACUGAGCAUGGACAUCAUGAAAUACCAGAUGCUACCCAAACUGACCAUCUUCUGAAGUCUCCAUUUCCAUGGUGGCGGCCACGCUUGUCAUGUGGUGGGUGCAUCAGUGUUUGCCAGAAAAGCAGAGAUCCAGAGGGAAGUUCUCCACGGAGAUGAGCAGUGGAGGCUCUUAAAAAUAAUGCUAGUUAUUCAAUUUUGUAUUGUUUUACUUUUUUUUAAAAAAAAAUUUUCAAUAUAUACAGUUUGAUGAUGUGCUUGAAAUUUGUGCAAAUAUACAUACACUCUUGUAAAGUGCAAAGUAUGUAAGACGUUUUAACAUUUACUUCACAGGGGUUACAGUGAUUGUGGUAAAUCCUCACCAUUGGGUUUUCUUUUGCUCACUGUUUUGGACAUCAGUUUUUCUUUAAAACGGUUUUACAGGUUAACAUUGCUUAAGUAAGUGAUAAAAACCACUGACAAUGCAUGCUACUGUUCUUCAGAAGAGCAACUGUGUCGAAUACUAACGACGUAUUCAGUGUUUAGAAUCAUCGUCUGCCAUAAAAAAAACAUUUCUUAACUUCCUUAACAUUUCCAAGCUCAUGAGUAAUACUGCAGCGUGUCUUGUCAGCUGGAGGCGGCAAAGAUGCCCUUAUCAAAAGGAAGCAGCUUUCAGAGAUGGGCGAUUGGAGCACAAGCUGAAGCUCUAGUGCCUUCUGCAAUGUGUGCUGUACUGUUUUCUAGGGUUUUAUAUGUGCUAGUCAUUCUUAAUUCAUAUGGAAUCUAGAUGGCUGUAUUCUAGUCAUAUCCAUUGAAGUGUGCAAGUGGUGUGUCAGAAGCACUUCUUAAUUCAGAUAAGAAAAGGAAGCCCUGUUUACAAGAUGUGUGGAAGUUCAAACAACAAUGUAGUUUGGGGACCACCAGUUUUAUACUGUGAUGAUUAAACAGGAGACCUGCUCUUACAUGGCCAGAGGAAACCUAUGAGUUGAUUUCAUUGGAUGAUAGCCUUAAUAUUACCUUGCAGUCAUUUUCUCCUAAUGAUGCAGAAAUUGUACGUAAAGGAAGGACUAGGAGCAUAUGGAGAGGUAACUUUGUGUUUAAUGAUAUGCGUGCCUGAGUGUAAGAGACGAGGUCAUCCGUCAGUCUGAGGCUCACCUUUUUGCAGAAGGUAUGCAAGUAGUAAAACGACAUCUGUGUUAAUGUUUUCCCCAAAACUAUACAUUCUAGUUACUGCACUGUUCAUCAUUGCUCAUUUCCAGAACAACAGAAUCCUGCUUUUAAUUUGCAAAGGUUAUUUGAAAAUCAAGUGUAAUUAUUUUAACAGAACCUAAUACAAUCAAAUACUCAGUUGCCUUACCUCAUGAAGUUACUUUCCCAGCUUUCAAAAGCCAAGUAGCACUUUAGUUCCUUGGUUUCAACUUGAGUCUUUUUCACAUUAAUAGUGUGGAAUCUGUAAUCUGAAGACUAGAAAGGCCCUUUCUGCAAAUCAUAAAGCCUGGUUCGAUUAUGAAGCUGCUUAAUCAUCUUCGGGUGUUCAGAAUUAGCGUGUGUGUGUGUGUGUGUUUGCUUUUUUUUUGUCACUGUGUACAUUAAACUUUUGGAAAAUGCUUUACUAUGUAAAGUAUAGAUGGCCAUUUUAAUCACUUAGCCACAUACGGUUGGCUGGUAAACAGCUUAUUCUGAUACAGAAAUACUUGGACACCUGUGGAGAGAUUGUGAAGGAGUGUCUCACUUCAACCGCUGUCUUAUUUAUGAAAUGUAAGUAGAAUAGAGCAAAUGUUGGAAUCUUUGUUAUUUUUUAGUACCAUUUCUCUAAUAAAGUUGAGUAUUUUAGCGGAAA